CCCUCUCGAGACUCCAUAGCCUCUCUUGAUUUUUCGUUUCCUUUCCCAGCGACGAAACUUCCUAUCAAAACCGCGGUUUUAUACCGGUUCUAGCCGCCAAGAACCCCAACCCCCGCCACCCGGCGAACGCGCCCUGCGAGAAAAUUUGGUGUUUUGGGGCCUUUUUGAGGUGGGAAUUCUGAGAAUUCUGAGGGUUCUUGCCUGUUGCUCCGAGGAUGAGGAACCUUCUCACGGAUUCGUUUGAGCUCAGCAAAGUGGACCAAGCCCCUGCAAAUGUUGAUAUCGAGCUAGGGUUGCAGGGUGGCAUGUCCAGUUCUGCGCAGCCUGGCUUUGAAGGCUUCUUUGAACAGGUCAGGGAGAUCGAGAAGCUACAUGAAACAUUGACAAAGUUACUGAAGGACCUUCAGAACUCAAAUGAGGAGUCAAAAAUUGUUACCAAGGCAUCAGCCAUGAAAGAGAUUAAAAAGCGCAUGGAGAAGGAUGUCAAUGAGGUGACAAAAACUGCACGUCUGGCAAAAUCAAAAGUAGAGAAGUUGAAUAAAGACAAUGCUGCAAACAGAGAAAAACCAGGCUUCGGUAAGGGUUCGGGAGUGGACAGAUCCCGGACUACAACCACUGUCUCAUUGACAAAGAGGUUGAGAGAACGGAUAUCUGAGUUUCAGACAUUAAGAGAGGCAAUCCAGAAGGAAUACCGGGAUGUAGUGGAGCGGCGCGUUUUCACUGUCACUGGCGAGCGUGCUGACGAAGAGACAAUUGACAAGCUGAUAGAAACUGGGGACAGUGAGCAAAUUUUUCAGAGAGCUAUUCAGGAACAAGGCCGUGGAAGGGUGCUUGACACUCUCCAAGAAAUUCAGGAACGGCAUGAUGCAGUGAAAGAGAUAGAGCAGAAGCUUCUUGAGCUGCAACAGAUUUUCCUCGACAUGUCCGUGUUGGUUGAGGCUCAAGGCGAGAUCCUGGACAAUAUAGAGUCACAGGUUUCAGGUGCAGCUGAACAUAUUCAGACUGGAACAAACCUCCUCCAGAAAGCAAGAUUUCUGCAGAAGAACACACGGAAAUGGACCUGCAUAGGGAUUGUCAUCCUCCUCAUAAUCAUCCUCAUCGUCGUCCUCUCCUUAAAGCCGUGGUCUAAGUAGAAAAACCUGCAUCUCAGAAGCAUCAUGUUCAUGUCGAUUUUGGCUGGCAAUGUUUAUCUUUUGUGCAGUUCUACUUCUAGUUGUGUAUAUGCCACGGUGUGGUAGUGCGUCAUGUACAUUCUCUGAAAUUUUGGGUGCGAACUUAUUCAGUUCUCUGUACUUCAAAUAAUGAACAUGCAGCUUGAUCAUACAUAAUUUUGCUCAUAAACUUUCUAUA